CCCGCCGCGCGCCCCUGGCCCGGGUCCGAGCGCCCAUGGCGCAGUCGCCGGCAGCAGCGUCGCCGGGCGCGCCGGAGCAAGGCUGCCCCAUCCGCGUGGAGCACGACCGUCGGCGUCGCCAGUUCACCGUCCGGCUCAACGUGGGAUUAACUCCUGGCUGGUGGGAAGAAUUGGAUGCCCCAAUAAGAGUGAGGUUCAGAACAGCGCCUGCGGCAGGAUGUCAUGACCGGGCAGUCCUGCUCUAUGAGUAUGUGGGCAAGCGGAUCGUGGACCUACAGCACACAGAGGUCCCUGACGCCUACCGUGGGCGCGGCAUCGCCAAGCACCUGGCCAAGGCCGCUCUGGACUUUGUGGUGGAGGAGGACCUGAGAGCCCAUGUCACAUGCUGGUACAUCCAGAAGUUCGUCAAGGAGAACCCCCUACCGCAGUACCUGGAGCGCCUGCAGCCAUAGCCCUGGCUCCACAGGGCU